AUGAAAGGUGAAUAUGUAGAACAUCAUCAACCUAAGCAUGAAAAUACUCCAAACAUGUUCUCCAAGCUCCACCCUCACCCUCACCAGCACCUUCCCUUCUCUCAACACUUUCAACUUUCUCGUGAAUCUGAAGAGGAAGAUACGCGUAGUACUGGUGCCGCCGCAGCAACCAAUCCCACUCCCAACUCACAAAAACAAAAACUCAACGAGCCUAACAACAGUGGCGGCACUGACGGUGCUACUAUUGAGGUAGUUCGCCGACCAAGAGGCAGGCCGCCCGGUUCAAAGAACAAACCCAAGCCACCCGUUAUUAUAACCCGGGAACCUGAACCCGCUAUGAGUCCCUACAUUCUAGAAGUCCCUGGUGGAAACGACGUCGUGGAAGCACUAUCCCGUUUUUGUAGCCGAAAAAACAUGGGAAUCUGUGUUCUUACUGGAUCCGGCACGGUCGCUAACGUCACUCUGCAUCAGCCCUCGACAACAGCAGGAGCGACCAUUACCUUUCAUGGGAGAUUCGAUAUUUUGUCAAUUUCGGCGACUUUUUUGCCUCAAACGACGUCCUAUCCAGUGCCUAAUAGUUUUACCAUUUCGCUUGCCGGUCCACAGGGGCAGAUUGUUGGAGGGAUCGUUGCAGGAAGUUUGGUGGCGGCUGGUACUGUUUUUGUUGUAGCGGCGUCGUUUAAUAAUCCGAGUUACCACCGUUUGCCGGUUGAGGAGGAAGGGAGGAAUUCUGGGUCUGGUGGUGGUGGGGAAGGGCAGUCACCGGCUGUGUCAGGUGCAGGUGGGGGAGAAAGUGGACACGCGGCAAGUGGUGGCGGCGGUGGAGAGCCUUGCGGGAUGGCUAUGUAUAGUUGUCAUAUGCCUAAUGAUGUCAUUUGGGCGCCCACUGCUAGGCAGCCGCCCCCACCGCCUUACUAA